AUGAAGUUCUCCUCAACUGCCGUCCUCUUCGCCACUCUGGCCAGCCAGAUCUACGCCCACACCACCGGGCCCUGGGAGAUCCGGCCUUACGACAGCGAGAGCCUGGUGCUGACCCUCGAGGCCGUGGAGGACCUCACCUUCCAGGCCAUAGAUGCGAGCAUGAGCCAGCGCUGGCUCAUCCUCGACAACCCCAAUGGCCCUGGCUCUUGGGUGCAGAACCAGGAGACUUCCCGGUACAUCAACUGCAACUUCGCCGAUUUCCUUUGCCAGGAGUCCAUCCACCCUCAGGUCUGGGAGGUGAACCGCUUUGAUGAAGAUGGCACCAUUUCUUUUGUGGAGCCUUUCUCCCGCCGGACUAUCCACCGCACCCAUGAGGGCAACCGCCGUCUCCGACUCCUUCCUGCCAAUGGUGGAUACGACGAUCGAUACACUCUUGGCCAGUGUAAGUCUUCUGUUUGGGAACUCGUUUAUGGAACGAUUAUACUGACUUUUAUUUUUAAAGGGGACCUUUAG